AUGUCGGUCUUCACCCGACCUUGCUCCUCAUGCACGAGGCUUCUUACCAACCAUGUCGUUACCCACACUUGCUCCCGAUCCCUCUCAGUAUCCUGUCGCCCAUCCGCUGCCAGCCGAAGGACGCAAGAUUUUGGCUCCGGCUAUACGAGUAGUUAUGAUCCCGAAGAGUCCGGCCGGGGCCCGAUGUUCAGCAAGCCGAGCUUCGGAGUACCCCAGUUCUACCCGCGCGACCUGAAGAGACGUCUCGACGAAUUCGUCGUGGGCCAGGAGCGGGCCAAGAAGACCACGACGUCAGCUGUAUUCAAUCAUUAUCAGGGCCAGAGAAGGAGACAAAAUAUCGAGGACGAGAGGAGGGUCGCAGAAGAACGGUUGCUUCGCCAGCAGCAUUUCCAGCGUGCCCGGCGCGAGCCGCAUCCAGUUGAAGGUCAGAAGCAUCCUGAAUCGGAACUCAAAUGUCAGCCAGAUGCUGAUACUUUGACCCUUAAAGAUGAUUUCCCGGGCCACCACGAGUCUGUCCAAGGGCUUCAAGACCAAAAUCCCUGCUUUGUGGAAGAUUUUCUUAGGGACGAUGCGAGAGACAGCAGACAUGUGACAAUCCAAAAGUCAAAUCUGCUGUGUAUAGGGCCAACAGGUGUUGGGAAAACUUACAUCGUAGAAACCCUAAGCAGACAUCUCAAUGUUCCCUUCACGAUCAGCGACUGCAACUCCUUCACACAAGCCGGAUACAUCGGACAGGACGUGGAAGCCUGCAUAGAGCGACUGUUAAUCGAGGCGGACUACGAUGUGAAUGCGGCAGAAAACGGCAUCGUAGUUCUGGAUGAGUUUGACAAGCUCGCAAGAAGAGAAUCUGUCAAUGGCAGGGAUGUAGGAGGAGAGGGCGUACAGCAGGCACUCUUGAAGCUGGUAGAAGGCUCCAAGGUUACAGUUAACGUCAAGGAUCACAGGUCCUCUAGAUCCGCGAGUCCGAUCACUAGCAACUACAAUGGCGGAAGCCAAACCUCCCAACCCAAUCCACCGCCCGGCCCAAGAGUCGAACAGAUCACAAUUGACACAACGAAUAUAUUGUUCAUUUUCUGUGGCGCGUUUGUCGGUCUGGACAAGGUUGUGUUGAGGCGCGUGGCAAAACCCACCAUAGGCUUUGGCUCUGAGCCCAUUAGGAACGGGGAUGCCUUGCCUCAAGAGAUGUAUGCACAUCUUCCUCACCAGCCGCACAUCGUCAAGCCUGGGACCACCGGGUUCACACCUCUGGACUUGACUACGCCUGCCGAUCUGCAGGCAUUCGGCUUCAUUCCUGAGCUGAUUGGGCGUAUCCAUAACAUAUGCGCACUCACUCCUCUCUCGCUAGACGAGCUGCUACGGAUCCUGACAGAGCCGCGCAACAGCCUCGUGGCGCAAUACAAGGCGCUUUUUGAGACCUACCCCAGCCGCCUGUUCUUCACCGGCCGGGCGUUGUACGCCAUCGCCGAGCGGGCCGUAAAGAAUGAGACUGGUGCCCGAGGCCUGAAAAUGGAAAUGGAGCGUGUGCUUGCAGAGCCCAUGUUUGAUGCUCCGAUGCCUUAUGUCGUCAUCGACGAGGCCUGUGUAAGAGGCAGUUCAAAGGCCAGGUACUGGGGUAAGGAUGGGCGACUUGAGGUGGACAGAUUGAUGCGAGAGGAGAGCGACAUGGGCCAAAAAACCGGGGAUCAUGUGUCUCACAGCUACCAGCCAUACCGUGAGGCCAGUCAGGGCGGGGCUUAA